AGCAUCUCUGAAGUUCUUCUUGUCUAAUGUAAUUGAAAUUGUUUACAUUAUCUAUAUGGUUCAUAUUACGCAUUAUGAAUUGACGUUUGAUUCUACGUAUAGCGUGAUUAGUCUUAUUUGUGACGUUUGUCUUACAGAUUUGAACAAUGCAAAUUUGAUUCUAAGUGUAGCAUCAAAAUAUGAUAAUCUUUUAUUGUUUAAUUUUAGCGAAAUGGAGGCCAACAAAGAAUCACCUAGUGCCUUUAAAACGCCUUGCAAGCCUGCAAAAGGGAAAAAUCCAGUCAGUGCAUGUGGAACCCCAGUCACCAUUCCUGCCUCUCCUUUCAUGAAGAAGCUCGGCUGUGGGACUGGAGUCAACGUCUAUCUCAUGAACAGGAUGGGUAAGCACACUCAUUCACCAUGGGCCAUUAAGAAGAUCAACAGCAAGUGUGCAAAAAGUCAAAUGACCAUUUAUCAGAAGCGUCUGUGCGAGGAGGCAAAGAUCUUAAAAGACCUGCAUCACCCCAAUAUUGUUGGCUUCAGAGCUUUUACCACAGCAAAGGACGGCUCUAAGUGUUUGGCGAUGGAGUACGGUGGAGAGCAGUCUCUGAAUGACCUCAUUGAGAAGAGAAGAGAGGAGGGUUUGCAGGCAUUUCCAGUGGCCACUAUUGAAAAAGUGGCUCUUCAUGUUGCUCGUGGUUUACAGUACCUGCACAAUGAGAAAAAGCUUUUGCAUGGAGACAUGAAAUCAUGUAACGUUGUCAUCAAGGGCGACUUUGAAAGCAUCAAAAUCUGUGAUGUUGGUGUGUCACUGCCACUGGAUGAAAACAUGCAGGUGAGCGAUCCAAAGGCCCACUACAUUGGGACGGAGCCGUGGAAGCCUAAGGAAGCUUUGGAGGAUGGAGUUAUCUCAGACAAAGCCGAUAUCUUUGCAUAUGGACUCACGCUGUGGGAGAUGAUGACACUUUCUGUUCCUCACCUGGAGAUGCUGGACACUGAGGGUGACGACGAUGAUGAUGAUAACUCCUUUGAUGAGGAUGAUUUUGAUGAAGAUGCAUAUUAUGAGAGACUGGGAACUCGGCCGGCUUUGGACGCAGCCACUCUCGGAGGGGCUUAUCAGAGGAUGGUGGAGCUCUUCUGUCUCUGUACAGAAGAAGACCCCCAUAAAAGACCCUCGGCAGCUCACAUUGUUCAGGUGCUGGAGUCAAACACCCAGCUUUGUGACAAAAGCAGUGAGGUCACUGUAGUUGAUUAAAUGUUCAAUUUUAAAUAUAUUGUCUGUUUGCCUGUUGGGUCUGAUUACUGUUCUGUCUAUAGUUUUACUUUGUGAGCUGGUGUUUUUUCAGGUUGUAAAUACUUUUCUGUUGAGGAUUUAAUCAUGUUACAUAUGUUCUUAUGUAUUCUUUUGAUCUAUUCAGACAUUCUAGAUACUGUAGUUGUCAGUGCCAAUUGAAUUCAUAUCUGUUUUUGAACCCUGAUCUUUGUGUGUAAAAUCAGCACACGUUAAAAUAAUGACUUGGAAUUUUUGGAUGGAUUUUUUUUUCCUCUCGCAAAGGGCAAGUUCUCAAGUACUAUAUUGAUUAUAAUAGCAGAAUAGCUGAAUAUAAUGAGUAAUUUAUCUUCAACAUGGAAAUCCAAUCAUGGAAGUCCAUGUGAAGUUAGCAUGCCCUGUUGUAUUACCUGCUACAGUCUAUUCUAUUAUUAGAUUUGUGAUGCUGUGGAUGCAUUUAUUUACUUUCUGUUGUCAACAUUGUUGGACGUAUAAGAAUAAACAAUGGUUGUCAUGACUUUUAA